AUGCCCGAACAGCUGCGAUUCGGUGUCGAGUUGGAGAUGGUCCUCAAGCCCAAGGAUUCUAUCUUGGAGCAGCUUAUAAAGAACGGUGGCUAUGUGCUAAUCACUCCUAGCCCAGAUGGCACACCAGAUGAAGCCGAUGAUGGCCUCCGUGAGAAUAAUCAUCGUGCCAUCAGAUGGUUUAUCCGAGAGCACUUCAGGCAGAAUACCAGGAUCUCCAACCCAGCAAAUAACAUCAUGAUUAUUAUCUGA